CUUUUUAUAUAUAGUGUCACAACUUUAAACAAUUUUUGUUUGUCAACAGUCAAAGUCAAAAUCUCAGAAUUCAGAACUCAAACUGACAACUCCAUUCGGAUUUCGCAUGUCAAGACUCGCAUAUUAUACAAAAAGUAAUUCAACCUAUAUAUUUAUAGAAUAUGCUAGAAGUAACUUGCAACGAUCGUUUAGGAAAGAAAGUAAGGGUAAAAUGCAACCCAGAUGACACCGUGGGUGAUCUAAAGAAGCUUAUAGCAGCACAAACUGGUACACGAUAUGAUAAGAUCGUUUUAAAGAAAUGGUACACAGUCUUCAAAGAUCACAUCAAGUUAUCAGAUUAUGAGAUUCACGACGGCAUGAACUUGGAACUCUACUACCAGUGAUUUACUGAUUUUCUUUUUAAGUUAUUGAUAAUGUAUAAUAAGAAUAAAUAUAUGUUGAUAAACUACA